AUGAGUUCCAAUGACGGCGUACAGACACGCUACGCUACAACCAAUGCAGCACCGUAUACGAUCUACGAAUUAGAAACAAUGGCCGAACACGUCAAACAACGCGAAGAAAGAGUACGCAAACUAGAACGACAGAUAGAAAUAGAUAGACACACUCUGGAAAAGCAAAUAAACGAUCAACAAGCCUGCAUAGACCAAGGAAAAGACGCUACGAUACUAGAACACACGGACAUUUUAAAACAAUUAACAUUAGUAGUUCAAAAAUUAAGCAACGAUAUGAAGGAUUUAAAGAAUCAAUCCGCGAUUCCAGAACGUACACCUAGCCGCGAAGGUCUCACCUACGAAGAUCCUGUAAACGAUCAAAGACUCUCGACAGAUCCCACACCAUUAGAUUCUAACUCACCAGGCAUUCACAAAAGAGUCAAAGAAGCGACAGACGGAAUUCAAAAUUUUGAUGACAUCGUGGACGAGCAAUCUCGCUUCAGGCAAAAUUAUAAUUUGAACUACGAUAGAAGGCAAGAUUACAGACCCAAACAAUAUGAACGACAGGACAAACCUCGGUUCGAUUAUAACAAUCAGGACAGACCUCGACCCAAUAAUAAUAAUAACAAUAAUUAUAAUUGUAAUAACUAUAACGGUAACCCGGAGAGACCUCGACCGAAUUACAACAACCUCAACUACAACAAUAAUAAUAAUUUUGGAAACAAUCGGGACAACAGGCUUAACUACGGCGAAAGAUUCGGUAGCACGAACACCAACACAAGAUCAAAUAGUUAUUCUAACCAGAGCGCGAGGCCGCCCGACAAACAAUGCCGCUAUUGCAAAACAUCGGGUCAUACUAUCAAAGAAUGUCGAAAAUUACAAGCACGCAGACAAUACGAACAAAAUCAGUCCAAAGCAGAGGAAGCAAGGGUCAAUACCAUACAACAGACGUGCACCGAUUCCCCGAUUCAAUCAGAGCGCCGAUCGCGGGAACCAACCAGCAGAAGAGCACCCAAUAAUGACGCAAAAUCCAGAACCAUCCUCCUAAGUUUAAAGGCGAAGAAUCAAACAUCCUCCAUCAACGUCCCCGUCGGGCAGAAUUUAACUACAUCUAAACCUAUACAAUCAGUCGCGCACAGAAUUAUGGCCAAAAUGGGAUACGUACCAGGCGAAGGAUUAGGAAAACAUAACCAAGGACGAACAUCACCCAUCGAAUGCACACCUAAAAACAAUAAGAGGGGCUUCGGAUAUAUAAAUUCAGGAAAAGUCAACGGCCCGCCACAGGCCCGCGCAGGGCCCAUCGUCUAA